GUUUUUGUUUUUUGUUUGUUGUUUUGUUUUUGUUUUGCUUUGUGUGUGUGUGUGUGUCAAUUUUAGGGUUUCUCGUUUUGAAUGUUUUUCCUUUCCAACGCCCACCUUGCCCGACCUGAGGCCAGGCCUGCCCCUGGCGAGCCCCGCGCCGUGCCUCCUGGGCAGCGAGGCCGUGCGGCCCGGGGACGCGAAGGUCGGCGGCCACCACGUCCUCAUGACCUCCCCCCUGCGCGACGCCCUCUGGAGCGCCGUCCGCCACGGCUGCUGGGGCCCGGCCGCCAAGAUCCAGGCCGCCUGGCGCGGCUCCUGCGUCCGGGCCGCCGUGGGCGUGCCCCUGCGGGAGGCCAUGGCGCUGAACCGGCUGCUGCGCGAGGCCGCGGCGGCCGCGGACGGCCCCCUCGCGCUCGGCGCGGAGCGGGCAGAGGUCCUCGAGGCUGCGCUGCAGGCUUUGGAGGAGCUGCUCCGGAGGGCCGCCGUCCUCCACCUCGCCAUCCCGAAGUUCGAAGACUUCGUGGCGGUGCGCGCCAGGCUGGCCCAGCGAGCCCGCGCCGCGCGGCUGCUCGCCGACCGGCUGCCCUCGGCGAGCGCCCACGAGGUCUCCGCCCUCGCCGCGCGUGCGGCGGCCUGUGGGCUGCGGGGGGCGCUGCUGGAGGCGGCGGAGAGGCGCGCGGAGGCGCUGCGCUCGCAGCUGCGGGUGCGGUGUCUGCUGCGGGCCGCGGCCGGGGGCGGCGAGGCCGCCGCGGCCGAGGAGGCCGUGGCGCUGGCGGAGGCGGAGGGGCUCAGCGCCGCGGGCGCCUGGCUCGUGGAGGAGGGCCCCGCCAGCCUGGAGGCGGCCCGCGCCAGGGCGCAGGAGCUGCGGGAGGCCCAGCGCAGCGAGGCCGAGGCGGAGGAGCGGCUGGAGCGGCAGCUGGCCGCCGCGGCGGGCUCGGUGGACCCGCUGGAGCUGCAGCGCGCCAUCGGCAGGGCGGAGGCGCGCGGCAGGCCCGCGCAGCAGGUGGGGCCGCUGCGCGGCAGGCGCGACGAGCUGCGGCGGCAGCUGGCGGUGCUGUCCGAGCUGCGCAGCUGCGCGCGGCGGGGCGCCGCGGAGCCGUCCCGCGCGCUGGCGCGCGCGGAGGAGGCGGGCCUGGGCGCGCCCGAGGCGUGGCUGCUGCCCGAGGGGCCGAGGGUGCUGGCGAGGGCGAGGUGCUGGGCGGCGCUGCACCAGAGGGAGGCGCGGGCCGCGGAGGCGGCGCGGGCGCAGGUGGAGAAGCAGGCGGCCGUGCUGAUGUGCUCCUUCGAUCUCGAGGCCGUGCUCGCCUGCGCGGAGCGGGCGCGCGGCGCGGGCGCGCGGGAGGACGUCCCCGCCGCCCUGGAGGCCCGGCACGGCGCGCUGCGCGGCCAGGCCGCGCUCUGCGAGCAGCUCCGCCUGCCGGAGACGCCCGAGGCCGCGGACGCGGCGCUGGGUGCUGUCGCGGAGGCGGGGCUCGGCCCGGCGCCGGCGGGCUGGCUGCAGCCCGACGGCCCGCGGCUCCUCGCGCGGGCUGCGCUUUGGCGCGCCGCGUGGGCGGCCAGCGCCGAGCCCCUCGGCGAGACGCCGCGGGCCGCCGCGGCGGCGCUGCGCGGCUGCCUCGGCGCCGAGGACGCUGGGCGCGUGGCGGGCGCGCUCGCCGAGGCCCGGCGCGUGGGCCUGGAGCUCCGAGGAGGAAAGGAGCUGCCGCGCGCCUGGCCGCCAGGGGCGCCGGGCCGCGGCCUGGUCGCGGCGGCCGCCGCCCGCCUGGAGGCCCUGGAGGAGCGCGAGGCAGCCCUGCGGCACCGGCUCCCGGACCUGGACUGGCAGGCCCGGCGGCUGCGGUCGCUCCUCUCCGGCGCGGGCGCGCGCCUGCUGCUGGGGGAGGCGGAGCUCGAGGCCCUCGCGAGGCGCUGCGGGGAGCUGCGGCGCCAGCUCCCUCCGUGCAGGGCGCUGCUGUGCGCGCUGCUGCACGACCCGCGGGGCCUCGACAGGGCGGUGGCGGACGCCAGGGCCGCCGGCCUGGACCAGCUGGAGGCCUGCGCGGUGCCAGAGGGCCCAGCGCUCGUGGCCGCCGCCGAGCGGCGGCUGCGGCGGCUGGCGGGGGCGCCGGGCGGCGGCGGCGGCGGCGGCUGA